GUGCUGGAGAAAUACUCCAUGCUGCUAGUGGUUGACGGAGGUGGUGCUGUCUGACCUCGUGUUAGGUUAAUAAUAAUAAUACAGGUUUUGUUUAAUUAUUAGUUCGUUGUUAGUGGCGAAAACAGCCAGGAUAAAAAUGAAAUUCAUUAUAGGAAUCGGCGGUGUGACCAAUGGUGGAAAAACCACACUGACCAAUAGGUUAGUCAAAGCCUUACCUAACUGUUGUGUGGUACAUCAAGAUGACUUCUUCAAGCCACCGGAUCAGAUAGAAGUCGGAGAGGACGGCUUUAAACAGUGGGAUGUGAUAACAGCACUGGAUAUGGAAGCCAUGGUGAACACCAUCAAAGGCUGGAUGGAGAACCCAGUCAAGUUUGCGCGCUCUCACGGCGUCCAGGUGACCCCGGCGACAGAAAUGGGACCUCCAGAGGAUGAAAACCACACCCUCAUCGUGGAGGGAUUUCUUCUGUACAAUUACAAGCCUCUGAUGGAAGUGUUUGACAAGUGCUACUACAUCACCAUCCCUUAUGAAGAGUGCAAGUGGAGGAGAAGUACAAGAGAGUACAUCGUCCCCGACCCUCCAGGCUUGUUUGAUGGUCACGUGUGGCCCAUGUACCUGAAACACAGAGCAGAGAUGGAGGAAAGCCUCUUGCCAAUUGAACACCUGGAUGGCUUGAAAUCUAAAGAUGAGAUCUACCAGCAGGUGUAUGAAGACCUCCACAAUACACUUUUGAAUCAUUUAUAGCAACAGCAUCCUGGCCAGCAGUGCCCAUGUAUACAGUUGUAAAUAGCCUGCCAUGAAGAAGUUGUCCUUUUUCCCCUACUUUUUCUUGUCUUUUUUCUUUACCUUGUUUUAAACCAAAUGUAAUUGUAAAUAUGAUGACAGAAUGUUAACUUAUCACUUUUUGGAGGAACUUUUUGUUUGUUUUUUUUUGUUAUGGUAAAUCGUUAUUUUUUUCCAUUUGAGGAUGCUGUUCUGUACAUUAUCUAUGCUUGUUCCACACAGACAAUUCAGUAAUAGAUUUACAAAUAAAUUUCAGGUUGUUACUCGCCCAUCA